AUGUACGAAAUGCUGAUUGGACAGAGUCCGUUCCAUGGAGAAGGCGAGGAUGAGCUUUUUGAUUCGAUUUUGAAUGAAAGGCCAUAUUUUCCAAAAAGUAUCGGUAAAGAGGCAGCGAAAUGUCUGAGUGCGUUGUUUGAUCGAAAUCCGAACACUCGUCUUGGGAUGCCAGAAUGUCCGGACGGGCCCAUACGAACGCAUUCUUUUUUCCGUGGCGUUGACUGGAAACGAUAUGAAGCGCGACAGAUGCCAUCUCCCUUCAAACCCUUGGUGAAAACGCCAAAUGACGUAUCAAAUUUCGAUGAAGACUUCACUCAGGAAAAAGCAGUUUUGACACCAAUUGCUGAUAAAACAUUGUUGGCUUCGAUCGAUCCAGAAGCUUUCCUCAAUUUCUCGUACACAAAUCCUGAGUUCAAAUAA